CUUCUUCGUAACAGAGCAAAGACUCUCUCUUUCUCUCUUAAAGUGACUGUUGCAUUUGGCCUUCCCCGCGUUAAGGAAAGAUCAUCAUCACCAAGAAAGCAAUUUCGUCUGUGGAAUUGAGCAGGAGAUCCGGGGGAGAGGCAAGAAUAACGAAGGCAAUGGAGAGGAAUCACUCUAAGAAGAACGUCGCCUCUGGAAAUUCUGAAGCACGUCCGGAAAUGCAGACAAAGUUUGAGGGAGGAACAGCCAUUGAUGAAGAAGACACGGACGAACUUUCUCAGAAGUUCCAAUGCAUGGCUUUUCGAACGCCAAAAAGAGAAAAGAACGUUUCCCGGAGGCAAGUGCAGGACAUGGAAGAACAGCCAAGGGCAGGGUGGGAACUAGACUUCCUAAUCGAAGAACAGCUGGGCCGGUUCUAUGACUGCAACAACCGGGUAAUGAACCCGGCCCGGCUCAGCGACGUGGCCAAAAUGCUCGUGCCCGAUUCAACUCCACCCCUCGAGCUGGCCUGCGUAGGCUGGUUCGGCGAUUGGAGGCCCUCCAUCAUCUUAGGCCUCCUUCAUGGGCUGACACGUUCCUCGCUGCUGGUGACCAACCCGGGUCAGAUCGAACGGACCUUAAUGCAGUUGAUCCGCGAGGUCAAGAUCGAGGAGGCGAUCAUCGAUGGGGAAAUGGCUGAGAUUCAAGCCACGUGUGUUCUGAGGCUUCCGUUUGCUGGGCAAAGUAAGGGACUUGGUGCUGUUUCCGCAUUGAGGUCAGUUUAUUCUGAGUUCAAGAAGAUCAAGCAGGUCAUCAACAAGGCGCAACAGCUCAGGUUCAGGACAUUGGAGCUGGUGGCCCAGAAAAUCCUGGACCCAACCGAUGCAGCAGCCUUCCUUGUCGCAUUCGAGAAGAUACAGCGCGGGCUUCACCAGUUCGCAGCCGAACAAGAGUCUCGAAAAGGUCCCAUAACCGUGUCUACCAGGGGGUUGAGGUCCAUUUCUAAGAGAGAGUGUGGGAGUGAGAGCCCACACAGAAGUGUCAAGUCCAUCGACAAAAGGCUGCUGAAGAAUGCUAGGAAAGACUGCAGAGGAAGAUACCCAACCCAUGAUGAUGGUACGGCUCUAGCUCGGUUCAUUGAAGAGCUGCAGUGUGAAUUGCGAGAGCAUUGCACCCAAAGCAGGAAGAUGUAGCAUCAGGAAGAUGAGACUAGGAUCAGGGAAGAGUUGGGUCAUUCUGAUUGCUGAGCUGAUUCUAAGACAUUGUAGGCAAUCGGUUGCGGAUUCAUGUUACGUACUUUAUUACACGUCGUUUCUUUUUAGGUGGCUCCAAUUUAGCGAGUCGGGUCAAUCGGUAACCUCACGGCCAGGCAAUGUGGACCAUUGUCCAUCUACAUAUAGUUUGAGGAGCUCUUGUGGCGUAUCGACUUUGUGGAACAUAGGUUUUGCACUAUAAUACUCUUCUUCCACCCCUUAGUUUUGAGCAAUGGGCUUUGAACGUCUCUCUCCGUCGACGUAGUUCGCCGAA